AUGGCGCCAUCAGCGACCGACCUUCCAGCACUUCCUGUGCGACAGGAGAAGACUUAUCCUCCGCCUCGAAUUUACAAUGUAAAGGAAACCAAGUUCGACAAGCCUACUUCCUCCCAACCAGAUGGCCGUGAGGAGGCCUUAGCAAAACCUCCUGGUAGUGUCGCGAUCGUCAUCGACAAUGGCUCAUCCGCCGUUAGAGCUGGAUGGUCAUUCGAGUCGAAACCGAGAUUCAGCAUUCCACCUAUUAUGGCCAAAUAUAGAGACAGAAAGCUUGGUAAGACCUAUUCGUUCGCUGGCUACGAUUGUUACUCCGAUACGACAGCUCGAGGGCAUAUCAGAAACGCUUUUGAAUCUGGAUCUGGCAUCGUCAGCAACUGGGAUGUAGAAGAACACGUACUCGACUGGACCUUUCUGAAGCUGGGCAUGAACAGCGCCGAUGGAGCUGUCGAUCUACCCAUUGUCAUGACUGAGGCAGUCGCAAACUUGCCAUAUUCGCGGAAAUCUAUGAACGAAAUCAUAUUUGAAUGUUACCAAGCCCCUUCACUAGCCACGGGUAUCGAUUCCCUCUUUUCAUAUCGCUACAAUAAGGGACAGACGGGAUUGGUUGUCUCUUCCUCUUAUAGCUCUACACAUGUCAUUCCCGUUUUCGACUCGAAAGCCAUGCUAGCUCAGGCAAUCCGACUCAACUGGGGAGGAUGGCACGCCGCGGAAUACUUACUCAAACUCAUUCGUCUAAAAUACCCGGCAUUUCCAGGGAAGCUCAACGCAUCACAGGCUGAGCAUAUGAUAAGGGAUCAUUGUUAUAUAUCCAAGUCAUACGACGAAGAACUGCGGUCAUACCUGGAUUGGACAGGAUUAGAAGACCGGGAUAUUGUGAUCCAGUACCCGUUUACAGAAGAGGUGAUAGUCCAGAAGAGCGAGGAAGAGCUCGCUCGGAUAGCUGAGCGAAAGAAAGAGAGCGGGCGACGGUUGCAGGAACAAGCAGCUAAAAUGCGCCUAGAAAAACUAAUGCGUAAGGAGCAGGAACUAGAAUAUUACAAGAAGCUACAGGAGAAGAUUAAUAAUUCAAAUAAGAAGGAUGCAAAACGCCUUCUUGAUGCAGAGGAUAUGAAAGAUGAGCAGCAACUUGAACGCACUAUCAAGGAAUUAGACAAGUCGAUCAAGCGUGCUCGGACGAAGGAUGUGGGUGGCGACCCCGAGGAAGAGCAGGAAGCACCUGACUUCAGCCUUCUCGAAGUACCCGACGACCAGCUUGACGAAGCUAGCCUGAAGGCGAAACGACACCAGCGUCUUCUGAAAUCGAAUCACGAAGCACGGGCGCGUGCUAAAGCUGAGAAGGAAGCCGAAAAAGCACGCGCUGCGGAGGAAGAGCGAGCAGACAGAGAACGCCGAGAGAAUGAUCUAGAAGGGUGGCUAGAAGAGAAACGCGUAGCCCGAAAUCUCACGUUGCAGAAGAUGAAGGAGCGGGAUCGCCUAAAGGCUGACUUAGGAAACCGCAAAUCUUUAGCUUCUCAGAUCCGUAUGAAGUCAAUUGCAAAUCUAGCUUCAGAUAAUCCUCGAGGGAAACGCCGACGCGGUAACGACGACGAUAACUUCGGCGCGAACGAUGACGACUGGGGCGUGUACAGGCAAAUUCAGGUGGGCGAAGGCGGCAGUGACGACGAAGAGGGUGAAGAGGAUCUCGAAGGAACCCUUAAAACACUCGAAGAAGACCUGCUUCGCUACGACGAGGGAUUCACACACGAACACACGUGGGAAGCGCAGAACGAUUGGAACAAAAGUCUUCUACAUGCGUUUAUGCGUGGGCCGCGACCCUUUAAUCCUUCCUCCCAGGCAGAAAUACAUCAGAUACAUCUCAAUGUCGAGCGUAUACGAGUACCGGAGGUUGUCUUCCAACCCUCCAUCGCUGGAAUCGACCAGGCGGGGCUUGUCGAGAUCGCGGGUGAUAUACUUACACAACGACUCGGGGGUAUACCAGGUCUAAACCGUAAUGACUUCCUAAAUGACAUCUUCUUAACUGGUGGUAACACGCUCUUCGAGGGCUUUGACGACCGUCUCCGCCAGGGUUUAACUCCGCUGCUCCCCAUAAACUCGCCGCUUAAGAUUCGUCGCGCCGGCGACGCAAUACUUGACGCUUGGAAGGGUGCCGCUCAAUGGGUUGGAACACCCAGCUGGAAAUCGUCUUUAGUGACGAAGGCAGAGUAUCAGGAGAAGGGGCAUGAUUACAUAAAGAACUGCUUUUACCUGUUCUACGUCGAUAGCACAAGUCAGGAAUACGAUCAGCAGACAGCUCUCAGCCACGAGUGUAGAUCUAAGUAA